UUGCCCCCCACUCGCUCGGCCUGACAACGUCGUUUCGACACAACGUGACACGGCCUCCAACAGCACCUUGUCCAACACGUACACCGAUUGCAAGAUUCAUCCCGUUGCCGCAUCGUGACCUUGACGUGACCCAAAUUGCUCGGCAGGAUGCUGUUCGUCGUGCAAUGCAAUAUGCCUGGUCAAACUACGAGACGCACGCGUUCGGGGCGGAUGAAAUUGCUCCAGUGUCUGGGGAAAGGCGAGAGAACGUCUGGGGUGGCAUCGGCGUGACGCUAGUCGACUCACUUGACACUCUGUACCUGAUGGACAUGCAUGACGAAUUCCAGCGAGCCCGCGACUGGGUGGCCCUCUCGAUGGACUUUUCACAUUUGGGACAGGAUGGAAAUACCCUCAGCGUCUUCGAAAUCGUCAUUCGGCAGCUCGGUGGCCUCCUCAGCGCGUACGAUCUGUCACAAGACGACGUGUUCAAGCACCGCGCGGUCGAGCUGGCGGACUUGCUCCUACCUGCGUUCUCGAACGGGGUCUUUUAUACGCAUUUCAACAUGCACACCAAGGACACGUACCUUCCCCAUCACGGAGGAAAGCUGCGGGGGCUCCUGGCCGACUUUGGCACAUUGCAGCUCGAGAUGCGGUACCUCAGUGACAUCACUGGCAACGGCGUUUACAGACAAAUGGGCGAGGCGUUCUACACCGCUGUGCAAAGAGAAGGUUCGUACAAGAACACGGGGCUAUACCCCGUGGAGUUUGAGCCGGAAGCGGGACACUUUGCCACGGACGCCACCAUGAUCACGGUCGGGGCGCGGGGCGACUCGUUCUACGAGUACUUGCUCAAGGUGUGGCUGUACAGUGGCAAGCGGCACGAGGACGCGUACCUUCGGAAGCUCUACGACGAUGCCGUCGACGGCAUGGAGAAGCACUUGCUCGUGUACUCGGAAAUGGACGACGUGUACUAUCUCCAAGAACUUCGCCUCCCCGACAUGGACGCGAAUCCCCAGCAAGAUCACUUGCUCUGCUUUGUCCCGGGCAUGCUAGCUCUCGGCACUGUGGAUGAGCAGAAUACGACCAAGGCGGCGCGGCACUUGGACUUGGCCAAGAAGCUCAUGCACACGUGCACGCAGUUCUACCUGCGUCAGCCGUCGGGCCUCGCGCCCGACUUGGUCGAGUUUCCUGGAUGGCACAUCCCGAACUCUAUGUACAAGCUCCGGCCGGAGACCGUCGAGAGCCUCAUGUACAUGUUCCGGAUCACACAGGAUCCGAUCUACCGAGAGUGGGGCUGGACCAUCUUUGAGUCGCUGGAACAGCAUGCCAAGACCAAAUACGGAUACGGCGCCGUCCGCAACCCCUCAGCCCCGAUCUCAACCCAAUUGAGAACGUUUGGGGCGUUUUGGCCCGUGCUGUGUACCGAAAUGGUCACCAAUACGACACCGUUGAAGACUUGA